AUGAUUAGACUAGCACCUCGGCGUACUUACAAACUCGUCUGCUUUCAGUUCGAUGACACAUUUUGUUUGACAGCUCGUGUGUUUGAGUCGGAGUGUAUGGACUCAAGAUGUCAGUCGUAGCAACGAAUUCUAAUCUUAACCACAGUGAUCUCGUGAACGAGAAUCGCCUUAAUAUGGACGAUCACUGUAACACAGGAGAUCUGAUGGGACCGCUCGGACUGUUGGUACAAGCUGUCUUAGCCUUCUUGGCCUUCACUUCAUUGAUAGUAAAAAGAUACUGUGAGCCAGAAUAUGAACGAAGACCUUGGAAAAUCUGGACUUUUGACACAUCGAAACAAGCUUUCGGAGCAAUGGUCAUCCAUUUUGCCAAUGUCUACCUGGCUGACAUAUUUCAAGGAGAUCCCUGUACAUGGUACUUUAUCAGUUUUAUGCUGGACUCCACCAUAGGAUUAUUUGUGGUAUACUUAGGUUUAAAAAUGACACAAAUUGUUGUUAAAAAAUACAAUUACCAGUCACUCAAGUUUGGAGAAUAUGGCAAUCCUCCAGAGUGUAAUGCAUGGGUGGGACAGUGUGGACUUUACAUCUUGGUUAUGAUCCUUGAAAAGUUCCUCAUGACACUUUUGGUGCAGUUUAACUUCUGGAAAGAUGUGCGGUCAUUUCUCAUGUCUCCUGUGAAGGACCCACAUGUAGAACUCAUAAUUGUCAUGUUUAUCAUACCAUUGAUUGUUAAUGCAUUUAUAUUCUGGGUUGUUGACAACUUCCUGAAGAGAGAAAUGAAAGGGACAAAAAAAAUUUAUUUGAGUGACAAUGAUCCUUCUGUCAAGUUCUACAAAACAACAGAACAGGUCCGCUGUUACAAUAGGAUUGAAAAAGCUGAGGACUUUAUAGAAUCAGAUCUGCUUGUGUCAACAGACGAGGAAGGAGAUGCCAGGCAAAGGGUGGACGGAACAGAACGUCUCAUUACCACAUAGAGCAGUCUCAUAUCAAUAAUCACAGCUUUUUGUAAUGUGAUACAGCAUGUCUUCACUGACUAGUUUGCCUUCUG